AUGAGCAAAAUUAGGGGCCUCCCUCCUGAGGUCAGGGUACCGGGCCCUGGAGUGGCACUUGGGGUGGAAGAUGGCCUUCUUUGUCAACUGAUUCAUUCUCCGGAAUUCAACUUGUUUCCCGACUCGACAGUGUUUGAAAGUAACUUUAUCCAGGUCACUAAGCCCGGGAACUGGAUGAAUGUCAAUGAGGAGCUGGCCACCGUGAUCCUUGGAGUAACCUCCACGGUGCCCUCCUUGCCACUCCCCAACAUCCUCUUGAUGGCCAACGUCACCUGGUCCCAAGGUCAGCUUUCCGCCUGUAGCACACCCGACUGUGCCCCAGUCAUCACCCUCAGCAGGAUUCUCCCCCUGAAGUUUGUGGAGCUACAGAUCUGUGACCGGCUCCAGCGCAUCCUGCGGAUUAGGACAGUGACGGAAAAGAUCUACUACCUGAAGCUCCACGAGAAACACCCAGAGGCUGUGUUUCAAUUUUGGAUCCGCUUGGUGACAAUUCUGCAGAAAGGUCUGUCCAUCACCACCAAGGACCCGAGAAUCCAGUUCACGCACUGCCUGGUGCCCAAGAUAUCCAGCAGCCCCACUGACGCAGCACCCGAAAGCAGCCUCCCGUCGUCCUCUCAGCCCAGUGAAAACUUCAUGCUGUUGGAAGCCGAGCGGACCAGCGGCUGUUUCUCCCAUUUCUCAGGAAGAUCUCAGCUCACAGCGGACAGAAACACAGACACUGCCACUGAAAUCAAUGAUUCCAACAGCUACAGCAAGACGCCCUUGUCAGUGGCAUCUCUGGUCAAUUGGAAUAUACCCAGGAGAGCCACCUUGAGUCACAGCCUCUGGGAACAAGAGAAUCCAGGUGACUACUCCCCACAGGUUCCUGCAGCCAGGUCCCUAGGAGAGAACUUACGGGGACCGUGACACCUGGCCGAACAGGGUGCUCUU